CUCGUCAGGUCCAAAUUGUAAAUUUGAGGGGUUGUCUUAGAUUUCUUCAAAUUUCUUUGGGCAGUCUAGAAAGCACCCUAUUAAAAGCGUUUCCUUAGCCGCGCCUUAUACGGCACAGCUGUUACUUUAUUGCACGUAUGAUGUUUGCAAAAAUUACUGAAAGAGCCUGUUAUCCACUGUUGCUUGUCUUUUUGGUCUUCAGAUCGUGGCACCAUAUGGGUUCUUGUAACGAAAUCCUCUGGACCCGAAUGGCGGCAAUGGGUGCAUUAACUUCCGGGUUGCAGCAGCUGCAGUUGAAGACUUGUCAGCUCUUUGGAACUUCUGAUCUGCAUCACUUUGAUAACAUCCUUCCCAAGAAACGAGCUUCUCUGAAGCCAUUGGUGAUUGAAGCAAAGGCCAAUGCGAAGACUGAGAGUGCAAAAACCCGAAACAUUAGAUUGAGAAAAAAGUUUAAUGGCACAGCAACAAAACCAAGGCUAUCAGUUUUCUGUUCAGAUAAGCAGCUAUAUGCUAUGGUAGUAGAUGAUCAGAACAAAAGGUGUUUGUUCUACGGCAGCACUCUACAGAAAUCAAUUCGCCAGGAUCUAUCUUGCACCACCAUUGAAGCAGCUCAACGUGUUGGUGAAGAGCUCGUCAAGGUGUGCAUCGAUCUUGACAUAAAUGAAAUUUCAUCAUAUGAUCGCAAUGGUCUUGCAAGAGGAGAUAGAAUGCAGGCAUUUGAGAUUGCCAUUUCUCGUCAUGGGUUCUUGCCACGAUAACAUUGCAAUAUUCAGAUUAAUUGUUCUUAUUCACACUGGUUGUAGCAAGAAAAGGGGAGCCUGCAUGUUUGUGAGUUCUCAGAUUGUAAAAAGCCUCCAAAGGAUCCUACAUACGGUUUGAUAUAAUGUUUAUAUUACCUACUGCUGUUAGCCUGUUACUGGGUAUAGGUGCUUCUUUAAGUGCUUUUAUGUACUCUUUUUCCAGGCAGAAUGUUCUGCGAUACACUUGCUGUAUUCUUCUUC